AUGAUGUGGUUCUUCUUUGCUGCCAUCUCUGUCCUAUCCAUCAUCAACCGUGGUUCAUGCAACACAGAGGCAAAGCCAUUUGUUGAGAAAGCCAGUACCAGAUUCAGUGGGCGAAACUACCAAAGCCUCCUCACUGUGCUCAAUGGGGAAGAGUUCGGAAACUGGACAUGGCCAGAGAUGUGUCCUGAAGGAUUCUACGCUGUGGGCUUCAGUCUGCGGGUGGAGCCCAAUCAAUAUGGUCUGGAUGACACAGCACUGAAUGGUAUCCGUCUGUAUUGCUCUAAACUUGGAGACAGGUCCUUCAUGUACACAGUGGAGUCCCAUACUGGACAUUAUGGAGAUUGGUCGGAUCCCCAGUGGUGCCCCUCCGGUGUCCUGAACUCCUUCCAGCUCCGCGUGGAGGCCCAUAGAGGCCUUUUUGGGGACGACACAGCAGCCAACAACAUCAAGUUCCGCUGCAGCAGUAACCCCAUCCUGGAGGGCCCUGGAUUGGACUGGGGCGAGUACGGGCACUGGAGCCAGAAUUGCUUAGGCACGGGCAUCUGUGGCAUUGAGACCAAGAUGGAGCCUUACCAGGGUGGGCUAGAUGACUCCUCUCUCAAUGAUGUGCGUUUCCACUGUUGUGCCUAGAGAUGACAUAAUGAUCUCACGCUGCCAGAAGAGAGGAACACAUCUGAGCCAGGCAGUACACACCCCUCCAAACACUUGGGGAUUUGGAGAUUUGGUAAAAAUCUGAUAUUGAUAAUGCAAUAUCAAUAAUUAAUAAAGACAUCUGUUGCACAAAGCUAA